ACCUCUCACUCACCCCAACUCCUCACACCAUGGCUUGCUGUGCUACUAGCUUCUGUGGGAUUCCCAGCUGUUCCACCAGUGGGAACUGUGGUUCCAGCUGCUACCAGCCAAGCUGCUGCCAGCCAAGCUCCUGCCAGACCAGCUUCUGUGGAACCAGCUUUGGCCAGGAGGGUGGCAGCAGCGCCGGUGCCGAGAGCUACCGCACCAGGUGGUGCCGCCCAGACUGCCGCGUGGAGGGCACCUGCCUGCCCCCCUGUUGUGUGGUGAGCAACAUGCCCCCAACCUGCUGCCAGCUGCACCAUGCCCAGGCCUCCUGCUGCCGCCCCUCCUACUGUGGGCAGUCCUGCUGCCGCCCGGCCUGCUGCUGCCACUGCUGUGAGCCCCCUUGCAGCCAGCCCAGCUGCUGAAAACCUUCUUCUGAUGGAAAUCUUGAGAGAUGGCACUUCAAAACUAACCAACGCUGAAUCCCCAAACGCUUCUGGACUCCAAUACCCAUAACUUAGCUUGUACCCUCUCAUUGUACACUACUCAGUUUUCCAAGAAGGCAAAUUCAUUUGCAGUAGAUCAAAAAUCUUCCAUAGACCUGAAUAUCAACAGUAGUCCUUCCAGUGUGAGAAGGGACAUGUAAUAUAUUACUAUAAGUAUCAUCUGAA